AAAUAGUCUCUCACCUGUAUGAAGCUGCUCAGACAGAUCUACACACAAAUAGUCCCCGGAUCGGCUGCUGUAAUCCUACCGCCGAGCUGCGUCAACGAGUGACACGCAUUCUCACGUGUAUACGACAAAAUGGCUGGGGUUUUUUCCACAUUGCUUCUGUCGGGGAUGCUACUGUGUGGCGUCCUGCUGCACAUAGUAUCCCAUCAUGCUGGUACAUCCACUAAGAAGCCAAAUUUCAUCAUCAUCCUGGCCGAUGAUAUUGGUUGGGGUGAUCUGGAUGUUAAUCUGCCUGAAGAGAGAGCGAACAAUAACACACCUCAUCUUAACCUGAUGGCCCAGCAAGGAAUGAGAUUCACAGACUUUCACUCUGCAGCCUCAACCUGCUCCCCAUCCCGUGCUGCCCUCCUGACAGGACGUUAUGGCCUAAGGAACGGGGUCACUCAUAACUUUGCUGUAGACUCAGUAGCUGGUCUACCUCUGUCUGAGGUCACAUUGCCCCAGCUGCUACAGAAAGCUGGAUAUUACACGGCCAUGAUCGGGAAGUGGCAUCUCGGUCAUACAGGCCCCUACAGCCCAACUAAUAGAGGGUUUGAUUAUUACUUAGGUAUUCCUUACAGUAAUGAUAUGGGCUGCACUGAUCGGCCUGGAUUUAACCUCCCUGAGUGCCUCCCGUGUAACUCACCUGGACCACAAGUAAUAAGACUCCAGAGGGAUGUACAUGGAGGCUGUUACUCCAAAGUGGGCCUUCCUCUGAUUGAAAACAGCAGCAUUGUGGCACAGCCCCUCGACCUGUGGACACUGACAGAAAGAUACAAAUCUGCAGCACUGAGGAUUAUCCACAACGCAAGGGACCAGGGGCAGCCCUACCUGCUCUAUAUAGCUUUGGCCCACAUGCAUGUUCCCCUGUCUCCACUGGUCGCUCCUGAUACCCCAUCCACUUCUCAAAACACAGACGAUGGCAGAGUGUACGCAGCUACUUUGCAAGAGAUGGACAGCCUGGUGGGGGCGGUAAAGAGCGCCUCUGACUCUGACACCCUGAUCUGGUUCACAGGUGACAAUGGCCCCUGGGAACAGAAAUGCCAGUUUGCAGGUAGUGUGGGGCCUUUCCAAGGAAAGUGGCAGAUCAGCAGAGGUGGAGGAUCAGCAAAGAGGACCACUUGGGAAGGAGGUCACAGGGUGCCAACAUUGGCCUACUGGCCUGGUAGAAUACCUGCAAACACCACCAGCACCGCCUUGCUUAGUGGUAUGGAUAUAUUACCAACCCUGCUAUCCCUGGCAGGGGUAACACCCCCCUCAGACCGACGUUACGAUGGCAUCGAUGCCACAGAUAUCCUCCUGCAUGGUGAACAAACGGGUCAUGAGUUCCUCUUCCACCCUAACAGUGGUGCAGCAGGGAAGUUUGGGGAUCUACAGACUGUUCGAAAUGGGAAGUAUAAAGCUUUCUAUAUGACAGGUGCAGCUGAGGCAUGUGGUGGUGCAACAGGAAGUCAGCAGCUCCAUGACCCACCUUUGAUUUUUGAUCUGGAAAGGGAUGAGGCCGAGGAAAGGCCCCUGGAUUUUGAGAAACCUGAAUACAAGGCGGUGGCUGAUCGGAUCGCCCGCAGGAGAGAGGAGCUAUUAUGGGAUAUUGCCACUGAUACGUCUGUGUCCACAGCAGACUACACCACAGACAAAUCAGCAGCACCCUGCUGUGACCCCACACAGGCUGUUUGUCGCUGCCACCUGCUGCGCUAACGGAGGGAAGAAGCACAUACAAACACUCACACAAUAGACAGAGAGAUGUCAGCAAACACAUGUAGACACAAAUAUCUCUUCUGGAUGUGCACAGCUGUUUGUUUAUAGAAUGUGUUGUUUGGGAGGCUCAAAGUCCAGAUGGGGCAGGAGACGUGCAAACAGGCAGGAACACGGAAAGGUUAGAGAGGUCAAAGGGAGGAAAAACUCUACAAGGUCAGUAAUUUGGCAACAGCAUUAUUCAGGAGGCUUUGACAGCUGCAAAAAUGUGCUUUUAUCAGUGUUGUCAACCUUUAUAUAUCCACCAGAUCUGUCACAAUAUAUUUUAAACAUUCAGGAGGCAAAAAUCAGGGGAAAAAAAACUCUUUUCUCUCUGUUCAUAUCAAAAGACUAAAUAUAAAGACAGAUGACCAGACACAUUCAUGCAACUAUGGAAAAAUAAAGACAUAAUAUCAAAUUUAUGGGAACUGCCGUGUUGGUUCUGUGAUCAGCUAUGGAGAAGAGUAGUCUCAUUGGACUCUCAACAUUAGUAAUUAAAGCUGUGGAUCACAUACACCCCUCUAAAUAAACCCGUUAAUAGCCAUCGAAGCCAAUAUGUUAUACAGGCUGUAAAUGAAUGAAUGUACAAAAGCCAGAUUUCCUCUCAGACCACUUGCAUUACAAUAUGCUGGAAGGUAAUUAUGGAAUUUUUAUGCAGUAAUACAAAAAAAGAGGCAGUGUUAAGAGUUUGGGUUGUAAUUAUUUCAGCCAUUGUUAGACUAGUUUAGGUUGUGUUUUAGCUAAAUGCAGAGAAACACAAAAUAGAAAAUAUCAAGUGAAGUCUUAUGCAUCCAUAUUUGUCUCAUACAGCUUAAUUAAAUAAAUGUUACAUUUAAGGACCAAAAACAACCCUCUGAUGCUUUAUUUUUCAUCACUGGCUAUGACAUGAAAAAAUAUUACUUAGACAACUAUGUUAUGCAUUUUGCUUAACAUAUACAGGGUGGGGAAGCAAAAUUUACAAUAUUUUGAGGCAGGGAUUGA